AUGGACGGUGACCAAAACUCCAAAUUCUUUCAUAAUGUUAUUGGGCAAAGGAGAAUAAACUCUAGUGUAAAAUCUAUAAGGUUGCAAGAUAAGACAUUGCUAGAGUCGAUGCAGAGGGUAUAUAAGGGUGCUAUGAGGUAUUUUGAAGAGUUCCUUUCCCAAGAGGACUCGGUUGUAAUGCCUGAUUUGAGUGAAUUACUUGACUCAGCUUUCUCGGAUGAGGUAGUGGCCAGAUUGCAAGAAAUUCGAGCAGAAACAGAUGUGUAUGAGGCGUUGGCUUCUAUUGCGGCAGACAACAACUCAGGGCUAGAUGGCUUUAGUUCAAUUUUUUAUUUGGAUUGCUGGGAUUUGAUUAAAUUGGAUGUGAUGGAGGCGGUGAAAGAGUUCUAUUUGGGUGGGGAACUCUCCAAGUUUUAUACCUCAUCUUUUAUUGUCCUUAUUCCCAAGAUUAAAAGCCCACAAGGUUUUGACAAGUUUCGGCCAAUUAGUCUCUACAAUGUUAUCUACAAGGUGUUCUCCAAGACUCUGGUUGCAAAGCUUUCUUUGGUUCUUAGGGAUAUUAUCUCACAAGAACAAGGUGUGUUUGUGAAAGGCCAUAGUAUUUUUGAGAAUGUGACACUUGUGCAGGAAAUGACAAAGGCUUUACACCGAAAGGUGCGGGGUGAAAAUGUUAUGUUGAAACUAGACAUGAGUAAGGCAUAUGACCUUGUUGAUUGGAGGUUUCUGGAACAUGUCUUUCGUGCGAUGUGCUUCCCUGAAUUUUUCAGCAGGUUGGUCUUUAGGUGUGUUUUAACGCCUUGGUACUCGAUAAUGAUAUAUGGUACGUUUAAAGGAUUAUUUAAAUCCAAGAGGGGCCUUCGGCAGGGGGAUCUACUUUCUCUGUACUUAUUUAUUAUGUUAGAGGAGGUUUUCUCCCUAUUGCUUAACAAGCGAAUGUCUGAAAGGGGCAUUUCUCAUUUUUGCCUUCCGGCUGGUGCUCCUAGAAUUACGCAUUUACUGUACGCGGAUGAUGUUGUGAUUUUCUCCAAUGCUAGUAAGAGGUCUAUUCGAUGUUUAAUGAGUGUCUUGAAUGAUUAUGAGAAGUGGUCGGGACAGUGGGUGAACCAUGAAAAGUCAGCUAUCUUUUUCUCGAAGAAAUUAAGUCUGUGCAGGAAAAGAGACAUCUUGAAUGAAACUAGGUUUGUAGAAGGUCAUUUUCCAUUCGUAUACCUGGGUGUACCAAUUGUAGAUGGUAAAUUCAAGGCUUGCCAUUUUGGUCCUCUUCUUGGAAAAAUGGGGAGGAAAGUGUCGGGCAGGAAGAGUAGGCUUCUUUCGCAAGGGGGUCUAUUAAUUCUUUUACGGCAUUUCCUCUCUAGCAUGCCUAUGAAUUUGUUGUCAACUCUUAAUCUCCCUAACCUAGUUUUUAAGAAGUUACAGGGUUUAUUUGCUAAUUUUUUCUGGGGUGAACAGGAUGAUAAAAGUAAGUGGAAGUGGAGGGCAUGGAAGAAGCUUUGUGUGCCGGUGAAGGAGGGAGGCAUUGUUGUGAGAGAUUUAGAGGAGGUUCAAAAAUCGCUUUUCCUUAAAUUUAGGUGGAAUUUGCUGACAAAAAAUUCUCUUUGGGCUAAGUUUUUUCGGGCAAAGUAUGUGAAGCAUGGCAUUUUGUGCUUAAUAAUGAGGCUAGCUCGGGCUCUCUGUUCUGGAAAAGCAUAA